GACACGUGAGCAGUGCUCUGAGCUGGUGACAGAGAACGCCACUGAGGUGGACAUCUCCAUUAUGGGAACAAAGGCUUAUUCCGCAUUUCCUGUUCAGCUGCUUGUGCUAAUUCUUCUCGUCUCUUCAUGUCCAGAGACAAGCAGUCAGUCUGCUGCCUUUUGUGCCGAGCCUCUUCCACCCUCCACUUUUCCACCUUCUUCUGUCCACUCCUUGACCCCCGGAGAUGUGUCAGUGGUGUCUGCUCUUGGACUAUCCGCCACACACAGGUCUGAUGAAGCUAAAAUUCUGCACGGACUCUCUGCGAAUAUUCUAUCUGGCUUUAAUCCUGAUGUGACCACAUUGCUGCCAGAGCCGAGCAACCUGUUGAAAGAAGCUGAGGAUCUUGCUCUGUCUCUCAACAAUAAUGAGUGGAAGCUGCUCCUCCUCUUUGUAGCAGUGGAUGAGCUCAGCAUCUGCCCAGGCCAGGUGAGGUCAGCAGUCGACUCAACGGUGCACAGAGUGGAGGAGGCUCUGGACAAACUGCAUGAGAAGCUGGAUCGUGCUCUGGUUCAUGUCGUGAUUUGGGGUGGGCAUGCAGACGUGUUUGACUCACAUGGCGGAGCUCUUCAGUGUCAGCGAGAAGAGGAUGUCAGUGCAAGGCCACAGAACUGGCACAGACUUCAGAGAGCCAUACUUAUGACUGUUUUACAGGAGUCCCUGGGCACUCUCCUGCAGAGGCGUGGCUGGUGGAGUGAUCGAGAAAAUUUCAGUGUUGUGCUGCAGUCCAGUCCAACAUAUAUUGACUCCUCAGGCAAUUCAAAUGACGUAGACGAUGUGACUAGCUCAUCACAUUUAUCAGAGACGCUCAUUCAGCUGUGGACAAAACUGCUGCAGCCAGUGGAGGCCAAGUCUACUCAGGUGGGGUUGGGCAUUGUCAGUAAUCCCUGUCCGUCUCAGGAGAGGCCGUACCUGUUGACACACCGUAACUCACCCAGCCAACUGGAGAUUCAUGAAUCAACACACAACAUUGAAUCCCAGCCUACGCCUUUGAUGGGCACUCGUCUGUCAUGCACACACAAGAGUCCAUCUCCUUCUGUUCCUGCUUCAGUCCAUGCCCUGAGACCUGCAGAUAUCAAAGUGGUGGGAGCAUUAGGUGACUCUCUUACGGCAGCUAACGGAGUGGGUGCAGCUGCUAACAACCUCCUGGAUGUCAUGAGAGAAUAUCGUGGCCUGUCAUGGAGCAUCGGAGGUGACAGCAGCCUUCCAUCUGUAACCACUUUACCAAAUAUACUGAGACAGUUUAACCCUUCACUCACUGGCUUCUCUACGGGGGAGGGCAAAGCCACUACUACACAGGCUUUUUUCAACCAGGCUGUGGCAGGAGCCAAGAGCGAAGAUUUGGUCACUCAGGCUAGAGCCCUCGUCACAAGAAUGAAAGGCGACUCGCGCAUUAAUUUCCAAAAUGACUGGAAGGUCAUCACUGUCUUCAUCGGAGGAAACGAUCUGUGUGCCUACUGCGCCAACACGGCCUAUUACUCUGCUACAAAUUUUGCCAAUCGAAUCCGUGACGCUUUGGACAUUUUACACAAAGAGGUGCCUCGUGCUCUGGUGAACCUGGUGGAGGUCUUCUACUUAAUUCCACUGCGAAAACUACACCUGGACUCUAGCCUCAGAUGCCCGACGUGGCUCAUCAAUGAGAUAUGUCCCUGUGUGGUAAAACCCGCGGAGGGAUCAUCGGAUCUGCAGGCCUUAAUAAAUCUAAACAGAGCAUAUCAGACCUCAACAAGGAACCUAGUGAACUCGGGCCGUUAUGACACUCGCUCUGACUUCACUGUAGUCUUGCAGCCGUUUAUCAGAGAUGUGGUGCUCCCACUGCUGUCGAAUGGAAAGCCUGACCGUUCCUUCUUCGCUCCAGACUGUUUCCAUCUCAGUCAGAAGUCUCAGGCUCUAAUGGCUCGAGCUCUGUGGAACAAUAUGCUGGAGUCUGUGAACAGUAAAAAAACCUCGCUGGACUUCAAGGCAGGUGUUUCUGCAAAGUGCCCCUCCAGUAGCACCCACUAUUUUCCAACCUAUGAGAACAGUAGAUCUGUGUAUGCAGCCGUUCCCACAACUGCUCCAUCAGUAACUGUUCCGUCAGUAACUCUUCCGCCGAACUGGGGCAGGGAUUUCUCAUGCACUCUCACGGCACCCUCAGACACUGUACCUACAUCAGUUCACGAGUUGCGGCCAGGUGACAUUAAGGUGGUUGCUUCUCUGGGAGACUCGAUCACUGCUGGGUUCGGUGCAAAAGCCCAAAAUAUCGUGCAGCUGCUUAAUGAGGAGAGAGGUGUGUCCUGGAGCAUCGGUGGAGAUGAAACUCUGGAGACUGUCACCACGUUACCAAACAUCCUGAAGAAGUUCAACCCUAAUGUGCUUGGCUUCUCAAACGGAACCAGCAAGAGACCUAAUGGGUUCAAUAUGGCAGUGAGUGGAGCCAAAGCAAGUGAUAUACCUGGGCAGGUCAGGGACCUGAUGGAGACUUUGAGGAACACCACGAAUGUGGACUUUGAGCAGGACUGGAAGCUGGUGACUCUGUUUAUAGGUGGUAAUGAUCUGUGCCAGUACUGCAAAGAUCGGGACUUGCUCUCUCCUAAGAAGUACAUAGAGCACAUACGGGGUGCUUUGGACAUGCUGUAUAAUGAGGUACCUAGGGUGUUGGUAAAUUUCGUUGAGAUUCUGCAGAUUGAGGACCUGCGUAAAGUAAAGUCGAACACCCUCGGAUGCAGCUUACAGUCGACUCUUUGCCCAUGUUUCAUAAAUCCUGAAGAGAACUCUGAGGAGUUGUAUGAGAUGAAGAGGAUCAACAGAGAAUUGCAGACGAAUACGGAGAGGCUGAUCUACGGAGGCCGCUAUGACAAGCGUGACGAUUUCGCUGUAGUCCUGCAGCCCUUCUUCCAGAACUCUGUAGUUCCAAUGGGAACGGACAAACAGCCAGACCUGAGCUUCUUCUCAGUGGACUGUUUCCAUUUCAGUGAACGUGGCCAUGCUGAGAUGGCUAUUGCUCUUUGGAACAAUAUGCUGGAGCCUGUGGGCAGUAAGCAGACCUACAACAACUUCACAUAUGCCCGCAGCAAGAUACAAUGUCCUUCAGAGGAGCAUCCCUUUAUCUUCACCCGAGGGAACAGUCUCACCACUGAACCCACCGGACUCAUGGUGACCACUUCAGAUACAGGCAUGCCUCUCACCGCUGACGACCAUGAGAACCAUGUGCCCUCGUGGACAGCAGGUGUGCUGGCAGUGGCCGGCGUGAUGAUCGGUGUGGCAACCACCUGGAUCGUCAUGCACUGCAGGGAGCGAAGAAAGAGGCAGAAAAAUCAGAACCUAAGUUCACUGGAGAUGAAAGGAACUCCAUUAUAAGAUCUUCCCAGCUUGCACAUGCACACCUUGCACACGUUGGCUUCACUUUAGAAUGUACAAGGAAAACAGGUGAUGCUGUGAUAUUUUUCCAUUAGUUGUAGAAUGGAUACGUAAUUCCUAUACAAAGUGUUUUACCUGUUUGCGGUGCUCAUCCUAAUUUCCUAUGUACUACAUAUUUUAGAUACAUUGAGCCUUAUAUGGGUAGCAAAAUGUAAAAUGUGCAAUUAUUUUAGUUUGUACAGAGUGGAAGCGCAAAAUUUUGUACAGAAUCAAAGCGAAUCAUGAGAGACUAUUGUUUUUAAUUAAAGA